UGGCGUGGCGUGGAGGGAGGCUAGACUCUAGGCCACGGGAGAAGAAGACCGAGAUGACUUUCUUCGGCGACCAAUCGUCGCUUUAAACUCUGUAACACGUAGAAAUUUGAAAAGAACCAAGAAAUUCUGUUCUGCUCUGGAGGUGGUGGAACCCAGUCCGCACGGUACGGGCAGGUUCCAUGCUGCCCUUCCUCUCAUUCCUCCUCCUAUCGAUCGCCGCCGAAGCGGCGGCGGCGCCCUCCCCAAUCACCAACUCCUCCUAUUCCUAUUCCUAUGCGCACAAGAACAUAUUCAUCCUCGCCGGACAGAGCAACAUGGUGGGUCUCGGCGGGGUGGUCAACGGCACCUGGGACCGAGUCGUGCCCCCGGAGUGCCGGCCCAGCAGGCUGAUCCUCCGGCUGACAGCGAAUCUCACCUGGGUGGAGGCGCGAGAGCCGCUCCACGCGGACAUCGACGCGGAGCACGCUUGCGGGGUGGGACCGGGAAUGCCGUUCGCGAACGCCGUGUUGAGGAUGGGGAAAAAGAAUUCCAGCUUUGGGGCGGUGGGGCUGGUGCCGUGCGCCGUCGGGGGGACCAGCAUCGGGGAGUGGGCGCGGGGGAGUAAGUUCUAUGGGGAGCUGGUGAAGAGGGCUAAGGCGUCGGUGAAGGGCGGAGGAGGGACGAUUCGGGCGUUGCUGUGGUAUCAGGGUGAGAGCGAUACGAAUAGGAUGAACGAUGCGGCGUCGUAUAAGCAGAAAUUUGAGAAGUUCGUGGGCGACUUGCGCCGUGAUCUGCAGUCUCCCACGCUCCCUGUGUUCCAGGUGGCGCUGGCGUCCGGGACGGGGCCUUUCAUAGAGACAGUGAGAGAAGCCCAGCUUGGAGUUGACAUACCCAACGUGAGAUGCGUGGACGCCAAAGGCCUGCCGUUGGAGCCGGGCAGCCUCCAUCUCAGCACUGCGGCCCAGGUCCGCCUUGGCGAGAUGUUGGCCCAGGCCUUCCUUCAAUCCACCAAUUACCCUUUGCCCAGCCCACCAACCGACCCACCAACCAGAAAUGGGGCUCCCACAAGUUUUUCUUAUUUUGUUUUGGGCUCCGUAUUGGGCCCAUUGUCAAGAAUAUUUAUCCCAACGUUACUUUCUGUAUUGUUGGUAUUUUGAAUGAGAAUCAUUCCAUAUGCCAUUAUUUAAUUUUUGGAUGUAGAAGGGGGCAGGCCCAUUGAGGAUAUGUGGGCCGAGAUGAACACUGGAUUACAAUUUGUGUUUUUUGUUUGUUGGAAUUUACACUUUCUGGCCCAAGUCCCAUUUUCUGCU